AUGUCGAAAACGAUGACCUCUAGUUCCGCUUUCUUAUACUCCCUCACGGCGUCCGAGAAGGCGGAGUGGUCCCAGUCCCUCAAGGCCGUCGUGUUAGGACUAAGCAUCACAAUGCUGGUGCUCGGUAAUCUUGGCGUCGUGCUGCGUAUUUGGGCUCAAUGGCGUAUCGAGAAGCGUCCGAUGGCAGAGGAUUAUUGGCUGGUUGUCGCUGUACUGUUUGCCAGCGUGGUUUCGGUAGCCACCAUUGUGGCCGUGCAUUAUGGCCUGGGAUACCAUUUAUUCCGAGUGGAAGCCUCGGAUGCUUCGGGGCAGGCUCUCAAGAAAAUUUUUAUGUGUGUCUGGCUGACGGCCACGUUCAAUGGACCUUCCAUGCUGGCCACGAAGAUCGCUCUCCUACUCUGGUAUCGCCGAUUGUUCAUCGUCCAGCAGAUGUGGUUGAAGAUCUUCUGGUGGGUCAACGUGGUAUACAUCGUCCUCUGGGCCAUUGGCUCCACUAUUUCCUACAUGUUCUCCUGCGUCCCCAUCAACUAUUACUGGGAACGUUUCAACCCCCAAUCUACUAUGCAUGGCAUCUGCCGCAAUACCACUAAUGCAGACGGUCUCCCGCUGAUCCUGGAUCUGGUGUCCGAUGUGGUCAUUCUGGUCCUUCCGAUUACUACCAUUGCCACUCUGCAAAUGCCGCUCGCCCGCAAGGCAGCGUUAAUGAUUGUUUUCUCUGUGGGGUUACUCGCUGUCGUGUCGGCCGUGGCUCGCGUCAUAGUGCUCUACCUUGCCACAGAUCUGCACUCCGACUUCACUUACGCCGCCGCUCCCUUUGAACUACUGGAUGUAAUUCAACUCAACAUAGCCAUUAUUUGCGCGACUGCCGUCCCUAUUUUCUCUCGCAUACGCAAGGCUCCAUUCAUCCAGACCGUCCUUGCGCUGGGCCCGAGCUCGGCUGGGGGAAUCAUCAAGCAGUACGGAAUUGGUGCAAGUCGGCCAAUCUAG